CCCCUUUUGCAAAAGUUGCGUCUUUGCCGUUGGCAUUGUGGCUCCGAGGUUGUCCUCGUGAUGCAGUCAUUCUUGACAGAGCCACACUGACUUUGAUGGGCAGAGGCCCAACCAGAAUGACUUGGCAGGGGGAACCCAAGAGUCUCUCUUUUCAUCUAGGACCUUUGCUGCUUUAUAUAUGUUAACUAAUAAUCUGGCCUGUGCUCACUCUCAACAGGAAACUCCUGAUAGAAAUGACGGUGCUGUGCAAGGAAGAACCUUGAAUCCCUUCUCACCAGAGGCAUUCCUGCUCCCUGUCGAUGUUGAAAAGGAAAACGCCCACUUCUACGUUGCGGAUAUGAUUAUAGCGGCAAUGGAGAAGAUCAAGUACGCCAUCCUGAGUCAGCAGCACCCAGACCCCUGGGGUGAGGAAGAGGCCAGGGGGGCACCCGGCAGUGGUCACGCUGAUGCUGAGACGACCUUCUAUAGCAACAUGAAGCAAGGAUCUGGGUCUUCCAACUCUUCUGACAGCGGCUAUGAAGGUUGUGCUAUGUUACAGGGCAGCCCGGUGGCUGGGACACCCACUUACGGUGACGUUCUCAAAGAAGCCUGUAAAUGUGACUUUGAUGACUUUGUUGUCGUAGAACUUGGUGAGUUUAGCAAUAUCACAGAAACCUGUGGAUGCUCCUGCAGCUCUUCCAAGAGUAUCGUUUAUGAGCCAGACUUCAAUUCCGCUGAGCUAAUAGCCAAAGAGUUGUACCGAGUAUUCCAGAAGUGCUGGAUGUGGUCAGAAGUUCAUCAUCAGCUGGAAGGUUCUCCCAAUGCCGCUGGCUCCAUAGUUGUAAAUGAAGAACGUGUCCGGAAAGACUUUGAAUCCAGUGUGGAUGUGGUUCAGGAAAUUAAACUUCAGUCGAAGAUCAGAGAGGCUGAAGACUGGGAGCCCCCCCGAUUUCAAAUCAUAUUUGAUGUUCAUCCACCACUCAAGAGGGAUCUCGUGGUAGCAGCCCAGAACUUUCUGUGUGCUGGCUGUGGCACGCCGAUAGAACCCAAGUUUGUGAGGCGCCUGCGGUACUGCGACUACCUGGGCAAGUAUUUCUGUGACUGCUGCCACACCUACGCAGACUCCUGCAUCCCGGCCCGGAUCCUGAGCACGUGGGACUUCAGGAGGUACUACGUCAGCAACUUCUCCAAGCGCCUGCUGGACAGCGUGUGGCACCAGCCCAUUUUCAAUUUGCUGAGCGCAGGCCACAGCCUGUACGCCAAGGCCAAGGAGCUGGACCGAGCCAGGGAAAUCCAGGAGCAACUUUUUCAGAUCAAGAAGCUGUUGAAGACCUGCAGGUUUGCUGAAAGCGCAGUAAAGGCAUUUGAGCAGGUGCCGAGGCACUUGACCGACGAUCUCCACCUGUUCUCUCUGGAGGACCUGGUCAGGGUAAAGAAGAGGCUGCUGGUGCCCUUGCUCAAGGACAUUCUCAAAGCUUCCCUUGCACAUGUGGCCAGCUGUGAGCUGUGUCAAGGAAAGGGCUUCAUCUGCGAAUUUUGCCAGAGUACAGCCGUCAUCUUCCCAUUUCAGACCGAAACGUGUAGACGAUGUGCAGGGUGCAGAGCUUGCUUUCACAAGCAGUGCUUCCAGUCCUCCGAGUGCCCCCGGUGUGCCAGGAUCACAGCCAGGAGAAGACUUCUGGAAAGUUUACCCUCUGCAGCAACAUGAGCCCCUGACCACGGUGGAAAAGACUGUUCAACAUGCCUUAUAACACCGAUUUGUGUCGAUUAUUGACAAUCGUGUUUCAGAUUUUGAGUAUUGUAUAUUAAGAAAAAAUGGUGGCCAAUCUUUUUUAUUAUAUAUAUAUAUAUAUAUUUAAUGUGUUACUAAGAAUGCACAUUUUUUUGUUAUUAAGCAUAGGUUUGUUACUGGUGGUCUUGUUUACAAACGUUCAGUGUUUUUGCUGCUACUGUUUUUUUCUUAAGAAUUUUUUUUUGAUACUUCUUAAAAUUGCCUUUGAGUGGUUGCAUUCAGCUGAUACUGGAGCCUAUUUUUUUAUGAAUUGUUAACUGACAAGGCAAAUUACUCAGUUUGUCUUUCUACAAAGCUAGUUUUAAACGAAUUGGUACUUUCAAUGAACAAAAAUGCGAACAAUGAUCUGUUUACUCCGGGGUUCUUUCCCCCCCCGACUUAAAUGCCACUUUGUAAUUGCAUCCGUGUUUUAGAUCAUACUUAUUCCGGGGUUGGCACAGGGAGUCCCUGUUCCCUCUGCAUCUAUGUCCAGAUGAGUGUGAGCUGCUUAGCGGGGCUGCAGCUGCCGUUCGAAGGUGUCGCCCCUGCGGGCCACUCUCAGGCACACACCGACCCUGUACUUGUCCUCUCCCUUCCACACACUAAAUCAAGGGCUGCAUGGCUGAGUCGAACCUCAUCCCUGCCCUUUAGGAUUUUGUCUCGUGGAUAUAAAACUGAACAUAAGGUAUUGACAAACUUAAACUGUGGGAAAGUCCCGUCAUUGAGCAAUGUGAUUUUAGUAAUGACAAUAAAAUCAUGGACCUCAAUUAAAAAGGUGAGGUAAAUCGCUAAA